UGACUCUGAUUGGGGUGGUUGUCCUCUUACUAGAAGGUCUCUUUCUGGUUGGAUUGUUCAGCUAGGCUCUUCUCCCAUAGCUUGGAAAACAAAGAAACAAGAUACAGUGUCGUGCUCGUCGGCAGAGGCCGAGUAUCGGGCAAUGGGCGCAAUCACCAAGGAACUCUUAGGGUUGAAAUCUUUGCUUCGGGAACUUGGUGUGUCUCAUAAGGAACCGAUGACAUUGUUUUGUGAUAGUCAACCAGCCAUUCAUAUCAGUUCUAAUCCUGUGUUUCAUGAAAGGACUAAGAACAUCGAGAUUGAGUGUCAUUUUAUACGAGAUGAAAUAGUCAAGGGAGUUCUCAAACCAUCAUAUGUUAGUACAAAGGAGCAACUAGCAGACAUUUUUACAAAAGCAUUGGGUCGAAAGGAGUUCGACAUCUUCUUGUCCAAGCUGGGCAUUCGGAACUUACAUGCUCCAUCUUGAGGGGGGGUAUUACGAUAGAUAUUACAUAGAUUUGUAUAUCUAUAUUUCCUAUUCUAGUUCUUUCCAUUUAUUCCAAUUAGGUUUAGGAGAGAUCAUGAGGUUUGUAUAAAUACUCGGCUAAGGCCAAUGUUAAUACAUAAGAUAUACAAGUUAAUAUUCAUUCAUUCAUAAACUUGUCACCAAGAGCUCCAACAUCUAAUCUCCUUACACUUCCAAUAUCAAUAAACACAAAUGAGUUAUGAAAUAUGUUCCCACUAGGUGUUGUUUAUUUAUCCGGCUAGAAAACAACAUGAUUUAUCUUAAUAAAUGGGAAUGGUGUUUUUAAUUAUUUCCCUAUAAUAUUUCGAGUUUCGAUUUUGCUUCAUUUCUCAUUCGCUUUCUGUUCCAACCUAAGAGGCCACUAUACAUUUCUUUUCAUUUUCGAGGCUUCUUCACAGGUUAGGGUUUCGAUUUACGAAUAUUCUUGUUUUAGUGUUAUAGGUUAAUGGUGUUUAUUAUAUUCUCUAAUGUUAAGUGGCCACAGUGGCUGGUUAUCAUUCAAGCAACUGGUUAGUUCUUUUUUAAUUCCCACUUUCUCUAUACAUUUCUCAAACAUACACGUCCCACGAAUUCAUAUUUAUUUAUGAAUGUGCAUGAAUUUUAGGGAUAAUGAAGCGGCCAUGAUCAAGAAAAUUGCCACAGAUAUUUCGAACAUGCUGAAUAAUUUCACACCAUCGACUGAUUUCGACGGGUUAGUUGGUAUGGGAGCUCAUUUGAAAAAGAUGGAACCAUUGUUAUGCCUAGGAUCAGAUGAAGUGAGGAUGAUUGGGAUUUGGGGUCCUCCUGGGAUUGGGAAGACCACAAUCGCUAGAGUAGCAUAUAACCAACUCUCCAACAGUUUUCAACUGAGUGUAUUUAUGGAUGAUAUCAAAGCAAACUCUUCAAGACUGUGUUCUGAUGACUACAGCGUAAAGUUGCAAUUACAGCAACAGUUUAUGUCUCAAAUAACCGAUCAUAAGGAUAUGGUUGUAUCUCAUUUGGGAGUUGCCUCAAAUAGGUUGAAGGACAAGAAAGUUCUUGUUGUUCUUGAUGGCGUGGACCGGUCAAUACAACUAGAUGCGAUGGCGAAAGAGACUUGGUGGUUUGGUCCCGGAAGUCGGAUUAUAAUCACAACACAAGAUCAGAAACUUCUUAGAGCACAUGGAAUUAACCAUAUUUACGAAGUGGAUUUUCCAACAAAUGAUGAGGCUCUUCAAAUCUUUUGUAUGCAUUCUUUUGGUCAAAAGUCCCCUAAAUAUGGUUUUGAGGAGCUUGCUCGGGAAGUUACACAACUUUCUGGUGAACUCCCUUUGGGGCUAAGGGUUAUGGGUUCCUACUUCCGGGGAAUGUCUAAGCAAGAGUGGAUAAAUGUGCUACCAAGAUUAAGGACUAGUCUUUAUGCUGAUAUUCGAAGCAUUUUGAAGUUCAGCUAUGAUGCUUUAGAUGAUGAAGAUAAAUAUUUAUUUCUUCAUAUAGCCUGCUUCUUCAGCUAUGAAGAGAUACACAAAGUGGAAGUGUAUCUUGCAAAAAAGUUCGUGGAAGUGAGGCAAAGACUUAACGUCUUAGCUGAGAGAUCUCUCAUAUCUAUCGACUGGGGAGUUAUAAGGAUGCAUAGUUUGCUAGAAAAAUUAGGUAGAGAAAUUGUUUGUAAACAAUCUAUUCAUGAUCCUGGACAGCGCCAGUUUCUGUAUGACUGUAGAGAAAUUUGUGAAUUGCUGACUGGUGAAGCAACAGGUAGUAAAAGUGUCAUAGGGAUAAAGCUGGACUACUACAAAAUAGAGGAAGAAUUAGAUGUAAGUGAGAAAGCCUUUGACGGAAUGUCAAAUCUCCAAUUCUUACAAGUCAAUGGUUAUGGCGCUCCAUUGCAAUUAACCCGAGGUCUGAACUAUUUGUCUCAUAAACUUCGAUUACUACAUUGGAGUCAUUUUCCAAUGUCAUGUUUUCCUUGCAAUGUAAACUUGGAAUUCCUUGUCGAACUAAUCAUGAUUGGCAGCAAGCUUGAGAAGUUGUGGGAAGGAAUUAAACCGCUUCGAAGUCUCAAGUGGAUGGAUUUGAGUGAUUCUGUAAACUUGAAGGAGCUUCCUAAUCUCUCAACUGCCACUAACCUUGAGAAAUUGUAUUUACGUAAUUGCUGGAGUCUAAUCAAACUCCCUUGCUUGCCUGGAAAUAGUAUGGAGGAACUAGAUAUAGGUGGAUGCUCAAGUCUUGUGCAGUUUCCCUCCUUUACUGGGAAUGCCGUUAAUCUCCUCAAAUUGAAUCUUGUCAGUUUCCCAAAUUUGGUGGAGCUCCCUUCAUAUGUUGGGAAUGCCACCAACCUGGAGAAUUUAAAUCUUAGUAACUGCUCGCAUCUGGUGGAGCUUCCUCUCUCGUUUGGAAACCUGCAGAAGUUGCAGACACUGAUAUUAAAAGGAUGCAGUAAGCUAGAGAAUUUUCCCAACAACAUCACCUUGGAAUUUUUGAAUGAUCUUGAUCUCGCUGGAUGUUCAAGUCUAGAUCUCAGUGGAUUCUCCACUAUCGUAAAUGUCGUCAAUCUUCAGACAUUGAAUUUAAGUAGUCUACCACAAUUGUUGGAGGUACCGUCUUUCAUUGGGAAUGCCACUAAUCUAGAGGACUUGAUACUUAGUAAUUGCUCAAAUCUGGUGGAACUUCCUCUUUUCAUUGGAAACCUUCAGAAGUUGAAAAGGCUGAGAUUAGAAGGAUGCAGCAAGCUAGAGGUUCUUCCCACCAACAUCAACUUGGAAUCUUUGUUUGAACUUAAUCUCAAUGAUUGCUCCAUGUUGAAACAUUUUCCUGAGAUCUCCACAUACAUUAGAAAUCUCUACCUCAUAGGAACUGCAAUAGAACAAGUGCCUCCCUCGAUCAGGUCAUGGUCUCGUCUUGAUGAGUUGAAGAUGUCAUACUUUGAAAACCUCAAGGGAUUCCCUCAUGCUCUUGAAAGAAUCACAUGCAUGUGCUUGACUGACACAGAGAUACAAGAGCUUCCUCCAUGGGUCAAGAAAAUCUCUCGUCUGAGUGUAUUCGUGCUCAAGGGAUGCCGAAAGUUGGUAACACUCCCAGCCAUUUCGGAGUCCAUCCGUUACAUGGAUGCAAGUGACUGCAAGUCCCUGGAGAUACUAGAGUGCUCCUUUCACAAUCAAUACCUUACGCUCAACUUUGCCAACUGCUUCAAACUGAGUCAAGAAGCGAGAAACCUCAUCAUCCAGAAUAGUUGUAGAUAUGCAGUCUUACCAGGUGGCCAAGUGCCUCCACACUUCACUCACCGAGCUACUGGUGCAGGUCCAUUGACAAUCAAGUUGAACGAAAAGCCUCUUCCAAAGUACAUGAUAUUUAAAGCUUGCAUCUUGCUGGUUUAUAAAGUUGACCAUGACGCUUGCUCUGAAGAGAACUCAAUGGAAGUGGAUGUCAUAUAUCAAAAUAGCAAUAAAAAGCUGUAUCCGGCUUUAGCAGAGCAUCUGUACAUAUUUCGAGUCGAAGCGGAGGUUACUUCCAGCGAGCUUUUCUUUGAAGACUUCUUCAGUCACAUUCAGAGGGAGUUUGAAAGAAAAGGAAUCACUCCGUUCAUAGAUAAUGAAAUCAAAAGAGGAGAAUCUAUCGGUCCAGAGCUGAUCAGGGCCAUCAGAGGAUCAAAGAUUGCAAUUAUCUUGCUCUCUAGAAACUAUGCCUCCUCAAAAUGGUGUCUUGAUGAACUGGUGGAGAUUAUGAAGUGCAGAGAAGAGUUUGGUCAGACUGUAAUGGCUAUUUUCCACAAAGUGGAUCCUUCUGAUGUGAAAAAGCUAACCGGAGAUUUUGGGAAAUUUUUUAAGAAAACUUGUGCUGGUAAAGCAAAGGAUUGCAUUGAGAGAUGGAGACAAGCUUUAGCCAAAGUGGCUACCAUCGCUGGCUAUCAUUCAAGCAACUGGGAUAAUGAAGCCGACAUGAUCAAGAAAAUCGCCACUGAUACUUCGAACAUGCUGAAUAAUUUCACACCAUCAAAUGAUUUCGAUGGUUUAGUUGGGAUGGGAGCUCAUUGGGAAAAUUUGAAAUCAAUCUUAUGCCUAGGCUCAGAUGAGGUGAGGAUGAUUGGGAUUUGGGGUCCUCCUGGGAUUGGGAAGACCACAAUCGCUAGAGUCGCAUUCAACCAACUCUCCAACAGUUUUCAACUGAGUGUCUUUAUGGAUGAUCUCAAAGCAAACUCUUCAAGACUGUGUUCCGAUGACUACAGCGUAAAGUUGCAAUUACAGCAACAGUUUAUGUCUCAAAUAACCGAUCAUAAGGAUAUGGUUGUAUCUCAUUUCGGUGUUGUGUCAAAUAGGUUGAGGGACAAGAAAGUUCUUGUUGUUCUUGAUGGCGUGAACCGGUCAGUACAACUAGAUGCGAUGGCGAAAGAGACUUGGUGGUUUGGUCCCGGUAGUCGGAUUAUAAUCACAACACAAGAUCAGAAACUUUUUAGAGCACAUGGGAUCAACCAUAUUUACGAAGUGAAUCUUCCAACAAAUGAUGAGGCUCUCCAAAUAUUUUGUACGUAUUGUUUUGGUCAAAAUUUCCCUAAAUAUGGUUUUGAGGAGCUUGCUCGAGAAGUUACAAGUCUUUCUGGUGAACUCCCAUUGGGGCUAAGGGUUAUGGGUUCCUACCUUCGGGGAAUGUCCAAGGAAGACUGGACAAAUUCACUACCAAGAUUAAGAGAUAGCCUUGACACUGAUAUUCAAAGCAUUUUGAAAUUCAGUUAUGAUGCCUUAGACGAUGAAGAUAAAGAUUUGUUUCUUCAUAUAGCCUGCUUCUUUAGCUCUGAGCAGAUUCACAAAAUGGAAGAGCAUCUUGCAAAGAGGUUCUUGUAUGUGAGGCAAAGACUUAAAGUCUUAGCUGAGAAAUCUCUCAUAUCUAUUGACUCAGGACGUAUAAGGAUGCAUAGUUUGCUAGAAAAACUAGGUAGAGAAAUUGUUUGUAAACAAUCUAUUCAUGAGCCUGGACAGCGUCAGUUUCUGUACGACAAAAGAGAUAUUUGUGAAGUACUGACUGGUGGUGCAACAGGUAGUAAAAGUGUCAUAGGCAUAAAGUUCGAAUACUAUAGAAUCAGGGAAGAAAUAGAUAUAAGUGAGAAAGCAUUUGAAGGAAUGUCAAAUCUCCAAUUCUUAAAAGUUUGUGGUUUUACCGAUGCACUGCAAAUAACUGGAGGUCUGAACUAUCUGUCUCAUAAACUUCGAUUACUAGAGUGGAGACAUUUUCCAAUGACAUGUUUACCUUGCACUGUAAACUUGGAGUUCCUUGUCGAACUAGUCAUGCCUUACAGCAAGCUUGAGAAGUUGUGGGAAGGAUGUAAACCGCUUCGGUGUCUAAAGUGGAUGGAUUUGGGUUAUUCUGUAAACUUGAAGGAGCUUCCGGAUCUCUCAACUGCCACUAACCUUGAGAAAUUGUAUCUUUAUGAUUGCUCGAGUCUAGUCAAACUCCCUUCUAUGAGUGGAAAUAGUCUGGAGAAACUAAAUAUCGGUGGAUGCUCAAGUCUUGUGGAGUUUCCCUCCUUUAUUGGGAAUGCCGUUAAUCUCCAAGAAUUGGAUCUUAGUAGUUUCCCAAAUCUGUUGGAGCUCCCUUCUUAUGUUGGGAAUGCCACCAACUUGGAGUACUUGGAUCUUCGUAAUUGCUUAAAUAUGGUGGAACUUCCUCUCUCUCUUAGAAACCUUAAGAAGUUGAAAAGGCUGAGAUUAAAAGGAUGCAGUAAGCUAGAGGUUCUUCCCACCAACAUCAACUUGGAAUAUUUGAAUGAACUUGAUAUCGCUGGAUGCUCAAGUCUUGAUCUCGGGGAUUUCUCCACUAUCGGAAAUGCCGUCAACCUCCGAGAAUUGAAUAUCAGUAGUCUACCACAAUUGUUGGAGGUCCCUUCCUUUAUUGGGAAUGCCACUAAUCUAGAGAACUUGGUCCUUAGUAGUUGCUCAAAACUGGUGGAACUUCCUCUUUUCAUUGGGAACCUUCAGAAGUUGCGGUGGCUGAGAUUAGAAGGAUGCAUUAGGCUAGAGGUCCUUCCCACCAACAUCAACUUGGAAUCUUUGCUUGAACUUAAUCUCAGUGAUUGCUCCAUGUUGAAAAGUUUUCCCCAGAUCUCCACAAACCUUGAAAAGCUCAACCUCAGAGGAACUGCAAUAGAACAAGUGCCUCCCUCGAUCAGGUCAUGGCCUCAUCUUAAAGAGUUGCACAUGUCAUACUUUGAAAACCUCAAGGAAUUCCCUCAUGCUCUCGAAAGAAUUACAAGCCUUUCCUUGACCGACACAGAGAUACAAGAGGUUCCUCCAUUGGUCAAGCAAAUCUCUCGUCUGAAUAGAUUCUUCCUCAGUGGAUGCCGAAAGUUGGUAAGACUCCCGCCGAUUUCGGAGUCCACUCAUUCUAUAUAUGCAAAUGACUGUGACUCCCUGGAGAUACUAGAGUGUUCCUUUUCCGAUCAAAUCCGUAGGCUCACCUUCGCCAACUGCUUCAAACUGAAUCAAGAGGCGAGAGACCUCAUCAUCCAGGCUAGUAGUGAACAUGCAGUCUUACCAGGUGGACAAGUGCCUCCAUACUUCACUCACCGAGCUACUGGUGGAGGUCCAUUGACUAUCAAAUUGAAUCAAAAUCCUCUUCCAGAAUCCAUGACAUUUAAAGCUUGCAUCUUGCUGCUUAAUAAAGGUGACCAUGAAGCUUGCUCUAAAGAGAAAUCAAGGAGAGUGGAUGUUGUAAAUAAUAAUAUCAUAUUUGGAUUAUAUCCGGCUUUAGCGGAGCAUCUGUACACAUUCCGUAUCAACUUAGAAGUCACUUCCAGGAAGCUUCUCUUUGAGUUCAAGUUGAUGAGCGAUGAUGACGAUUGGAAGAUAGGAGAAUGCGGGAUAGUCCAACAAUAGGAGGUCCCUUGAUAUUGAUGAACAUGGUGGCCAUGGCAAAUGUGAAACGUAUGAAGUUAAUGCCUCUCUUUUUUUUUUCUCUACGAGUCCUUUCCUCAACUAAAUGUAUGUAUCUGAAACUCAAAUUUAGGUGAGGAGAUCGAUGUGUGUAUAACGCAUGUGUUGACGCGAGCCAGUAUGCAGAGCCUUUGGUACACUAAUAAGUUAUGCUUAGUAUAGUGACGAGGCUGAAGAAGAUUUUGUAUCAUUCUCACCACAGAAAUGCUCUUCUACAUCUUUUUCCCCUUCUUCACUUUCAUCAUCAAUCUCUUGCUCAUCAACUGUUGUUAAUAUUGAAACUAAAUAAAUACCCAUAUAUAUUCUAAUUAAUUAAGAAGAUGUUUGAUAUGUAACCUGAUACCCAUAUAAAGUGCUGUGCCUCUGGACUUGGUAAUCUGGUAGAACAUUAUAACAUACUACAAACCUUAAGCAAAUUUUGACAGAGCAAACAUAAAACCCUUGGCUCUUACUCUGAUCUCUUACCUUAAGCAAGGUACUAAGCAGCUGUUGGUUUUUAGGUUCUUGGGACAUUAUGUAGAAGUUGCAGAGGCUGAUAUUAAUAGGAUGCGAUAAGCUCGAGGUCCUUCCUACCAAUCUUUGGUUGAACUUGAUC